ACUGCUGCUGCCUUCUGCAAUGUCUCCACUUACAAAGUGACAUCACUGGAGUUUCCCUGCUGCAGAAGUGGCUGCCACGCAUAAAUACUACAAGCUCUUUGGCAGAAGUUCACUCUAAACACAAUAGCAACACAAAGUAAGAACUAUCACCACAGAGCACUGGAAGCACCUGAGGACACAGACACAGCAUCCAGCCAAGUGUUUUAAUUUAUAGAUUUUUUUCUAAACUGCAAGCAGUAAACCCUCAGAGUUGUGCACAGUAUGGUGGCCUACACAACAACACCAAGUGAUGUGGAGAUGGGUCAGGAGGAGACGACGAUGGUUUUGGUAGAAAAGAAGUCCUCCACUGGGUGGAUAUGGAUGCUGUCUGUGGCCCUUCUCACUGUGGCCCUUUGUUUAGGAGGCAUCCAGCUGUUUGCUUUGUACUGGAGCAGAAAGCCGGAAAGUAUGACACAACCAGGCCAGACAGAAACGCUAGUCAAGAAGGACACUGUUGAGAAAGAUCCCCACUACACGUUGAGCCGAAUCAGCAGCAAAGCCAAGGCAGCCAUCCAUUUAGAAGGUUACGAAGGCGGCAAGAGUUUGCCUGACCAGCUGCAGUGGAGAAUUGAUCAAGGCCAGGCGUUUGCUCAGGGCGGCUUCAAACUGGUGAACAACCAGAUUGUUAUCCCACAAACAGGCCUCUACUUCGUCUACAGCCAGGCCUCGUUCAGAGUGUCCUGCAGCGAUGGCGACGACGAGGAAGCGGGAAAACACAUCACACCUCUCAGCCACAGGAUCUGGCGCUACUCCGACUCCAUAGGCAGCAAAGCCUCUCUGAUGAGCGCGGUGAGGUCGGUGUGCCAGAACACUGCUCAGGAGGAUGUCUACAGUGACGGACAGGGCUGGUACAAUGCCAUCUAUCUUGGUGCAGUGUUUCAGCUAAACAAAGGAGACCGACUGUGGACGGAGACCAACCAGCUAUCAGAGCUGGAGACCGACGAGGGAAGGACUUUCUUUGGUGUGUUUGCACUUUAAAAUUACUCUUUGCUGUGAUACUAAUAGAGGCAAUACAAACUCUGCAAAAGUGCCAUCAUUUUUGGCUUUAAAAAAAACAAGUCUGUUUUUAUUGUUGUUAUUAUUAUUAUUAUUACAAGUAGUAGUAGUAUUAUUCAUCUUAAUGGUGAUGCGGUAGUGUUUGAAUCUCAAUGGAGAUAAAGCUUGUAGCCAAACAGGUGGUACAGAUUUU